AUGUCCCUCAGUGCGGCGCACAACGCCGCGAUAGCGCGCGCCACGGCGCCCGGGUUCGCCGGCCUCGCCCUCCUCGAGCCUCUGGAACGGGGGCAACACCUGGCAGUGUUCGACUCGAGCUUCAACCCGCCCCAUCGCGCGCAUUUCGGGCUGGGCGUGAGCGAGUUCCCCCCGCCGGCCACUGUCCCCUCCUCCACCUCGCCCACCCCUUCACCAGGCGACGUGCCCAACCCCGGCCCAUACACCGCCCGCCUCCUCCUCUUCUCCACGCGCAACGCCGACAAGUCGCCCGCAGGCGACACGGCCCACCGCGUCGGCCUCAUGCAGGCGCAAGCGCGCGCCAUGGCGGCCGCGACGCGCCUGCCCGUGUCCGUCGGCCUGAUCUCGGCGCCGACGUUCGUCGACAAGUCGGCCGCGCUGCUGCAGCACGCUCAGCAUGUCACCUUCCUCGUGGGCACCGACACGCUGCUGCGGAUAUUCGACGACAAGUAUUAUCCUGCCCCUGGAGGGAUGAGCGCUGCCCUGGAGAAGCUCUUCGCGCGCUGCUGGUUCGUGUGUGCCCUCCGCGACGGGUACAGUCGCGAAGGCCGCGCUCAGGCCGACGCCCUCUUCGCGCGCGACGACGUCGCGCACUACGUCGCGCUCGGGAAGAUACGUACCCUGCCCCCCAUACCUGGCGCCGAAGCCGUCAGCUCGACCGACGUGCGGAGUAUCGUGCGUGAGGGGCGCGGGCGUGACGCGCUGGAAGAACUCGUCGUGCCAGAGGUCGCGGAGUACAUCCUCGCAAAUAGGUUGUAUACGUAG